AUGGAAGAACUCACCGCUUUCGUGUCCAAAUCCUUUGAUCAGAAAGUGAAAGAGAAGAAAGAGGCGAUCACGUACCGGGAAGUGCUGGAGACGGGCUCGGCGCGAGCCAGGGAAGCGCUCCCGGUUGAAGCAGGGCGCGAGGACGCGAGCAUUCUAGCGCGAGGAGCCGUCGCGCGCUCACCGGUCAGAGAAGCGGACAUGACGGGGCCGGAGAGGACGAGGGACACGGGGAGUCCCAAACUUACAGACGGCAUCCUGGACGUGAAAGAACGAAAAGAGGACGCCAAGCCGACAGAGGACGAGACGCAGACCAAAAUCAAGCAGAGGAGAAGUCGGACUAACUUUACUCUGGAGCAGCUGAACGAGUUGGAGAGGCUGUUCGACGAGACGCACUAUCCGGACGCGUUCAUGCGCGAGGAGCUGAGUCAGCGGCUCGGGCUCUCCGAAGCGCGCGUGCAGGUUUGGUUUCAAAACAGGAGAGCCAAGUGCAGAAAACAGGAGAACCAGUUACACAAAGGGGUGCUCAUCGGAGCUGCGAGUCAAUUUGAAGCGUGCCGCGUCGCACCAUAUGUCAACGUGGGAGCUUUGCGCAUGCCAUUCCAACAGGAUAGUCAUUGCAACGUGCCACCCUUCUCCUUUCAGGUGCAGGCGCAGCUGCAGCUGGAUAGCGCCGUGGCCCACGCGCACCAUCACCUGCACUCUCACCUGGCGGCGCAUGCGCCCUACAUGAUGUUCCCCGCGCCGCCGUUUGGCUUGCCCUUGGCCACGCUGGCGGCGGAGUCUGCUUCAGCGGCGUCGGUGGUGGCCGCAGCCGCCGCCGCCAAGAACAGCAACAAGAACUCGAGCAUCGCGGACCUGAGACUGAAGGCCAAAAAGCACGCGGCGGCGCUCGGGCUGUGACACGCCGGGGCGCGCGCGCACAGCUCCCACUUACAAUACUAGGACAUUAUUUAUACUCUCUUUAUGAAGGACACUCCAGAAUAAAGGCUUAUUUAUGACAUGAACAACACAAACUGUGAAACCGAACUGAAGCCUGUC